CAGGACGAGGACAGGUCGCAUUGUGCCCGGGGGGGGGAGGGGGGAGAGUGACAGGCACCAGCCCCUCUGGCCCGAGAGGGACAGCGCCCUCCUCCCCUGCGGCCCGGGCUGCAGAGACCCGCUGAGAUCUUAAGGUGUUGCUUGUAGUCUCCCCAGUUUUCUGCUUCGGGGAGAGCGAGUUUUGCGCGCCCUUGGCUACCCAGCCUCAGCCUUUUUCUUCUAUUCUCUGCCAACCUGUUUUAUUUUGGACUUGAGGAGGGGAAAAUGAGCCACUCCCGUGCUUCUGAAGUUAAUCGCUGCUGCUUGCAAGAGCAGAAAACCCCAAGUAGCCAAAAUGCCCCACGCUAAGCAGACCCGAGUGCUCCUUCUCAACGACAUGGAAAAGCUGGACAAGACCCUCUUCCGGCUUGAGCAAGGUUUUGAACUUCAGUUCCGACUGGGGCCCACCUUGCAAGGCAAGCAUGUUACGGUGCAUGCCAACUACCCAGCUUCGGGAGAAGUGUUUGAUCGUCACAAGUUCAGAUGCCUAUCAUGGCACAACCCAACAGGAAAAGAAGAUGAUUCUGACAAAUACUGUAGACUAGAUCUCCAGAUUUCUGGAUCAUAUCAAUAUUAUUUUAGUCAUGCAGAUCAGAAAAGUGGUGGAGGUUACAUAGUUGUGGAUCCUAUUUUACGUAUUGGUGCUGACAAUCGUGAAUUGCCCUUGGAUUGUGUUACACUCCAGACAUUCCUGUCUAAGUGUCUGGGACCAUUUGAUGGAUGGGAAGAUCGUCUUAAAGUCGCAAAAGAAUCUGGUUACAACAUGGUUCACUUUACCCCUGUCCAGAGACUUGGUCUAUCUAGAUCAUGUUACUCAUUGGCUGAUCAGUUGCAAAUAAAUCCUGAUUUUUCAACCCCUAACACAAAGUGUUCUUGGAAUGAAAUUGGAAAACUAGUGGAAAAAAUGAAAAAUGAAUGGAAUAUGGUUUGUAUUACAGAUGUAGUCUACAAUCACACUGCUGCAAAUAGCGAAUGGAUAACUCAACAUCCAGAAUGCUCAUACAAUCUUACUAAUUCUCCUCACUUAAAACCAGCCUGGCUUUUGGACCGAGCCCUUUGGCAUUUAACCUGUAAAGUAGCUGGUGGCAAAUGCAGUGAUAAAGGGGUUCCUCCGCUGAUUGAAAAUGAUCACCACUUGAAUUCUGUCCGUAAAAUCAUGUGGGAGCAUAUUUUUCCCAAGAUAAAGUUAUGGGAAUUCUUCCAAGUAGAUGUUAACAAAGCAGUCGAGCAAUUUAAAACCCUUUUAACUCAAGAUGGUUCAAAAGUAAAAACGGAUCCCAAUCAACAUCUUGCAAUCAUUCAGGAUCCCCAAUUUAAGAGACUUGGCUGUACUGUAGAUAUGAACAUUGCACUGAACACCUUCAUACCACACAGCAAUGGGCCUGCUGCCAUAGAAGAAUGUUGUAACUGGUUCCGCAAGAGAGUUGAAGAACUAAAUGGUGAAAUGUACCGACAAACAAACUACCAUCAAGAGCAGGCAGUCACCUGCAUUGUAGCAACAGUGAACUAUGAACGACUGGCUGGUCAUGGUCCCAAGUUAGGUCCUGUAACCCGGAAAUUUCCUUUAGUUACAAGGUUCUUUACGUACCCAUUUAAAGAACUAACCCUGGAAGAAGAAGAAGUUAUGAUGCAUCAUUCUGACAAAGCAAGUUAUUUUAUGGCCUAUAAUGGCUGGGUGAUGGGAGAUGAUCCUCUCAGAAAUUUUGCUGAACCAGGUUCAAAUGUUUACUUGAGAAGAGAACUAAUUUGCUGGGGCGACAGUGUCAAGCUACGUUAUGGGAACAAGCCAGACGACUGCCCAUAUCUCUGGGCUCACAUGAAAAAGUACACUGAAUUGACUGCCAAAUACUUCCAUGGAAUACGUCUUGAUAACUGUCACUCAACACCUCUUCAUGUAGCUGAGGAGAUGUUGGCAGCAGCCAGGUCAGUCAGACCUAAUCUUUAUGUGAUAGCAGAACUCUUCACGGGCAGUGAGGUCAUUGACAACGUCUUUGUCAACCGCCUUGGGAUAACCAGUCUGAUUAGAGGUACCAGAAAUAAAACCAUGCUUGAAAGCCUUGCGUCCUUUCUCUUUUCUUGUUCUGCCUUUCCCCUCUGUCUGUGGCUUCCUUGGCUGUGCUUUUUGCAGUACAUGAUGGACACGGCUAGAAAAUUGCGGCCCAACUUGUAUGUAGUGGCUGAACUGUUCACAGGAAGUGAGGAGCUGGACAAUAUCUUUGUGAAUAAGCUGGGCAUUAGCUCUUUAAUAAGAGAGGCAAUGAGUGCAUACAACAGUCAUGAAGAGGGGAGAUUAGUUUAUCGCUUUGGAGGAGAGCCAGUUGGGUCUUUUGUUCAGCCACGCUUGAGGCCUUUAAUGCCUGCUAUCGCACAUGCGCUGUUCAUGGACAUUACACAUGAUAAUGAAUGUCCAAUUCAGCAUCGAUCUGCUUAUGAUGCCCUUCCCACUUCAACCAUUGUUUCCAUGGCCUGCUGUGCUACAGGGAGUACUAAAGGAUAUGAUGAACUAGUACCACAUCAGAUUUCUGUAGUCUCUGAAGAGCGAUUUUAUCCAAAGUGGAAUCCAGCAGCAACACCUUCAACACCUGGUGCAGUUAAUUUCAAAACUGGGAUAAUAGCAGGAAGGCUGGCUAUCAACAGAUUGCACCAAGAGCUGGGAACUAAAGGUUUUAAUCAGGUAUAUGUAGAUCAAGUUGAUGAGAAUAUUGUGGCUGUGACCAGGCAUUGUCCUAACACACAUCAGUCUGUUGUAGCUGUUUCACGAACAGCUUUCAGGAAUCCCAAAACUUCUUGCUAUAGCCAAGAGGUUCCCCAGAUGUGUAUUCCAGGCAAAAUUGAAGAGGUGGUUCUCGAGGCUAGGACUGUUGAGAGAAAUGCUGGCCCUUAUAAAAAAGAUGAGCACUCAAUCAAUGGAUUGCCUGAUUAUACAGUUGAAUUCCGAGAACACAUCCAGCUCAAGGAAAGUAAAAUCAUAAAGCAAGCUUCGAUUGCUACAAAAGGCCCUAAUGAAUUUGUUCAAGAGAUAGAAUUUGAAAAGCUAACACCAGGGAGUGUGAUCAUCUUUAGAGUUAGCCUUGACCCAAAAGCACAAGAGGCUGUAGGAGUCGUGCGUAACCAUCUGAUCCAGUUUAGUCCUCACUUUAAAUCUGGGAGUCUUCCUGAUGAUGGUUCAGAACCUAUACUCAAGAUCCCCUUCCAAAUUAUUGCUUCAAAAUUAACCUUGGCAGACCUAAAUCAUGUAUUAUAUCGGUGUGAUGCUGAGGAACAAGAGGACGGAGGAGGAUGUUACAACAUACCAAACUGGACACCCCUUAAAUAUGCAGGUCUUCAAGGAAUAAUGUCUGUCAUGGGAGACAUACGACCAAAGAAUGAUUUGGGCCAUCCUUUCUGUGGUAACUUGAGGUCUGGGGACUGGAUGAUUGAUUAUGUGAGCGAUCGACUAAUUUCCUGUGGUGGAGCCUGCUCUGAAGUUGGCAAGUGGCUGAAAGCAAUGUUUAUGUACUUGAAGCGGAUUCCUCGUUAUCUCAUUCCAUGUUACUUUGAUGCCAUAUUAGUUGGUGCAUACACAGCGCUGCUUGACUUGGCUUGGAAACAGAUGUCUAGCUUUGUUCAGAAUGGAUCAACAUUUGUUAAACAUCUUUCCUUGGGUUCAGUCCAGAUGUGUGGAAUAGGAAAGUAUCCUUCCUUGCCACCUCUGUCUCCUGCCCUGCAGGAUGUUCCUUACAGGCUGAAUGAAAUUACAAAAGAGAAAGAACAAAGCUGUGUUUCUUUAGCUGCUGGCUUACCUCAUUUUUCAUCUGGCAUUUUCCGCUGUUGGGGCAGGGACACCUUUAUUGCACUGAGAGGGCUGCUGUUAGUUACUGGACGUUACCUGGAAGCAAGGAACAUAAUUUUAGCAUUUGCUGGUACGCUGAGACAUGGCCUCAUUCCCAACUUGCUGGGCCAGGGCACUCAUGCUAGGUUCAAUUGUCGCGACGCUGUGUGGUGGUGGCUUCAGUGUAUACAAGACUACUGUAAACUUGUUCCAAAUGGCACUGACAUUCUCAAAUGUCCUAUAUCCAGAAUGUAUCCUACAGAUGACUCCCCUCCUCAGUCAGCAAGCCAGAAGGAUCAGCCACUGUAUGAAGUGAUACAGGAAGCUAUGCAGAGACAUAUGCAAGGCAUACAAUUCCGUGAAAGGAAUGCCGGUCCACAGAUAGAUCGAAAUAUGAGAGAUGAAGGUUUUAAUGUGACUGCAGGUGCAGACAUGGAAACUGGCUUUGUCUAUGGAGGGAACCGUUUUAAUUGUGGUACAUGGAUGGAUAAAAUGGGUGAGAGUGAGAGAGCUCGCAACAAAGGAAUUCCAGCCACUCCAAGAGAUGGUUCUGCUGUAGAAAUUGUUGGUUUGUGCAAAUCAACAGUUCGCUGGUUACUGGAGUUGUCCAAGAAGAAUGUAUUUCCUUAUCCUGGAGUUACUGUGAAAAGACAUGGGAAAGAAGAGACCAUUACAUAUGAUCAGUGGAACAGAAAAAUCCAAGCACACUUUGAAAAGCUGUUCUUUGUCUCUGAAAAUCCAGCAGAUCCCAAUGAGAAGCAUCCUACUCUAGUUCAUAAGCGAGGCAUAUAUAAGGACAGCUACGGAGCAUCAAGUCCUUGGUGUGAUUAUCAACUACGGCCGAAUUUCCCUAUAGCGAUGGUUGUUGCACCUGAAAUGUUCUGUCCCGAACGAGCUUGGAAAGCCCUUGAAACAGUAGAACAAAAGCUACUUGGUCCACUUGGCAUGAAAACUUUAGACCCAGAUGAUUUGGUUUACUGUGGCGUGUACGACAAUGCCUUAGACAACGAUAGCUACAAUGUGGCUAAAGGAUUUAAUUAUCAUCAAGGGCCUGAAUGGCUUUGGCCCAUUGGAUAUUUCCUUCGUGCCAAGUUGUAUUUCUCCAAGUUAAUUGGUCCAGAGAUCUAUGCAAAGACUGUCUAUUUGGUUAAGAAUGUUCUUUCUCGCCAUUAUAUCCACCUUGAGAGAUCACCUUGGAAGGGUCUUCCAGAACUCACUAAUGAAAAUGGUCAAUACUGCCCUUUCAGCUGUGAAACGCAGGCCUGGUCAAUUGCUGUGAUCCUAGAAGUUCUCUAUGACUUGUAAAAGUGUUUGUCUUUAUGAAACUGCUAGCUUUGUCUUGAAUGCAGUAACCAUGCUUAUCCUGCUGUUAGAAAUGAUAUAUGCCUGCACUUUCCAGACACUUAUAGGAGCAGUUGUUGUCACCCAUCCUUUGAGAAUUACACCAUAAUUUUUGACUGAUCAUAAAAAACUUAAAGAACUAUCACUGAGAAUAUACUCAAAUAUAUGUGGAAUAAAUGUCAAAUAAAUUAUGCUGUAACAGGUUUCAAACACGGUUGCAUGCAGCAAGAUUUUAUUCCAAACAUCUGUGGAGAAAUUAGCUCCUAGUGUUCCUUUUUUUCAAUCCUUCAAUAUUCUAUCACUGAACCUGCAUCAUGAAAACAAGUGAAAGAAACUGAGGUACAAUCGAGACAUAUUUUAAAUUUAGUGCUGCCACCACCAUGUAACUAUUGAGGUGGGGGGCAGAUAUUGUUUGAUUUAAGGGGGGAAAGCAGCAUGCAGAUGAAGAGUGUGGAAUCCUGCUCCUGUCCAGACGCUUAACCUCUCUGCAGGUCGUCUUCUCAAGUGCCAAUAUCUGUGUCUAGCUGAAGGAAGAGUAAUGGAGGAGGACAGCUAUAGGGAAGUAAGUUGUUGGCCUCAGCAGGAAGGUUUUGCACAUGUUACUUGCUCACUCUGUUAUUAAAAUCAUACUCAAGGUUACUCUUCUUAUGGGAUGGUAGCAGAUCUAGGAUUAAGCACACAGAUUUGUUACUUCACAACUAGUCUGGCCGGGAGCCUUUUGUUCCAACUAUAAGAUCUUUUGGCUGUGAUGGCACAUUCCAUCAGCAUUAAUUCUUUAGGAUGCCCUCCCCUUGAUCUUUUGGAGUGGGGCAUUUUUACUCAGAGGCUUUGGUUUAAUACUAAUACAUUGCACAAAGAUCAUGCUAUGCAGCAAUCUGGCUAUAAAAUGAUGCCCCCCCCCCAAAAAAAAACACGUUCUCAAUCUCCAGAAUAAUAAGACAGUUCUAAACCAUCUUGUUGAUUACUUUUAUAUAUUGGGAAAUCUUAUUUCCUCAAGAUAACAAAGGAAUUAAGUGUAGUAUGUGCAUAGCUAUGAAAGUGAACUGAAGCUGCUUUCAAGGGAUGAAUCAGUUAUCCACAUGAUUAGGAGAUGGCUGUGGAAUCACCGUGAAGGGAGCUGGUUACCUCCUAUGCCUUUGCUUUUGAAGUGUUCAUUUUCCUCAUUCAAGUACUUAAGUAAAAGUUACAGCAUUGGUCACUGCUUUGCACAUGGAACCAGCGUACAAAAUGAAGUAGCUGCAUGACGGUUGUGUUGUGAAGGCUGCCUCCACUUGACAAGCUGCUUGUCUGAAGCAACUUGUUAAUACCAAAAGAAAUCUUCUUUCACUCCAAACCCACUUGAUCAGGAACUCAGUAGCCUAUAUUCGUUAUCCCAGUGCAGUUCACCAGCCAGAGCCAGAUUACAACAAUGUUCCCUUCUGUUGUAAAAAGGAAAUAGUAAGCCAUAGCUUUAAAUACAGUGUGGUGACAAUGCAAAUGUCUCUGCCUGUUUUUAAUUUGUGCAUGUAACCUUAAUCAUUUCAGUGCUGUUUUUAAUGCUUUAUCUCCAAAGCAAAAACAUAGUAGUUGGAGGUUUAUCCAAGAACAUCCUAAUGAUAGAAUUACCUUCCUCACUCACUCUGUUCUUAAAAUCAGAUUCAAUGCAGACAAACAGGUUAGAGAUGUUGCAGCUAUAUUCGGGUGCAUAUCACCUCUUAAAAGCACAUCAUAGUUAAUUUGUGCAUAUUAAUACUUUGAUACUAUGAAUAAUUUAAGAGAUAUUCAUGGUUGACACUUGCACUACUUCAUUUAAUCAUAAUUGUUUCAAUGAAUUCCACCCAAUGUUUUUGGUAGGAUUUUUUUCAUUAAUAAACAGUAAAUUAUAAUGUAAAACUUUGUCUGUUUGACAUUCCUAACCAUUUACAGUCAUAGCAAUGAGCAGCUAAUUAAAAUGUUAUGUACCCAAUUUUCUUGUGGGCUUUUUUUAAAGCUCUCUUAGAAAAAUUCUGUCAUCUUUGUUUUUAAAAGAUUCAUAAAAAGGACAUUGAGCAGAUAUAAAUGUCCUUUUUAUGACUCUUUAAAAACAAACAAGACAUAUAAACAAGAUAUAUACAAGGCUAAAACAAUCUAUUGGGAUAUGUUACUAGUCUUAACAUAUCUCUUGGCAUUUAGAAUGCAUUUCAUUAAAACAAUUACAGCUGCAAUCCUUUGCUCGCUUACCUGGGAAUAAAUCUCUUUUCUCGAUGGAGACUGCACUGUUAUAUAUCUAGAUUGAAUCCCACACUCCAUUUACUUGGAAAUUAGAGCUAAUUUAAAUGCCCAAAUGGUGAUCAGCAUUAUCUUACUGGAGUACCUUAUAAGGAAGUUAUGGAUACCGCAACGGUCUUUAUAACUUCGCCCAGAUUCCCUUUCAGCAGGCAGUGAGCCAGGUAAUUUUGGCAAUUGUUUGCUUUUUUGACAAUACAAAUUGACUACAAGGCUAUAGUUUCAGAGGAACAUAUUUCCAAGUUGUGGGCUUUUGUACUGAAACCUCUGAUUCUUGCAGUCAAACUAUAUGAAGGUGGCAGGCCUCUGUGUUCACUUACAGACUGCUACGAUUUUGCAGGUGGGAUUCAAUCACAUACUGGUAAAUUCACUUUGUGCAAUUAAAGUGGUUUUGGUGCUCUCGCACAAUAAAAACCUUUUCCCCAAAAAAUCUGACACUUUGCAGUAAGGAAAGGGAUGGAGAAAAUGCACUGGAAAGUGUGGGAUAAUAACUGCUUGACACAACAACUUAUAACCUUCCCGCAAACAAAAUUGAAUGAAUGCUCAGUGAACAGUGGACGUUAUAUAGCUUUCCCAUAAACUUUGUGCAAACAAAUCAGGAUGAAUGCUGAUAAACAGGUUGUCUGGAAGUGACCUCUGUGGAGCUUGGUACUGUUCCAAUGGCAUAGGAAGGGGAGGGCCUGAUUUUUAACAACCAAAGAGUUGUUCACAGCUUAAAAUUCAGUAUACAGUUACAAAGUUGAAAAGCAGUUUGCCAAAUUUUAUUUGUAUUAAAUAGAUUUGCACACAGCUUGACAUUUUAUAGAGUGAAACUGUUGAACAGGAGGAGUGAGUUGUCAUUGGUUCUUCUGUUCAGUUGAUGUUUUUGUAAGUUCCACUGUUCUAUCUGAAAACUGGACAUUUCUCAUGUUAAGAUAUUUCUUAUUUUACAGUACCUUUUAAAAUGCUUAGAUACAUUUCUUUUCUUCAUGUGUAUGCAAGAAACAUACCUAAAUUUUAAAUUAAAUUAAAAUUACAAUUACAUAACUGUUACAAAAAAUAUAUGUUAAUUAAAAUGCCUUAUUGGGGAAAAACUAAGCAUGAUGUUAGUAACAAUUAUGUACUUAAAUUUCACUGACCUAAACUUGAUUUGGAAAAAGGACACUUUCAAAUGAAAGCUUCAACUCUUUAACCAAUGAUCUCAGACAUUAAUUAUCUUAGUUUUGUCAAGAUGUGGAAUACAAAAAUCUACAGUGGAAAUAAUAGCUAGAAUUUACUUGGAGAAAAAUCUUUAAUAAAGAGACUUGAUAAUUGAGAGACUAAUAUUGUAUACUAUGGUACAUCUCAAAGCAAUAUAUAGUGGAAUUUUAAAAUGCUGCUGAAGUUAACAGCUUGUUCUAGCAGACAUUGUAAAGCCAACAGGUAAUGCCAACAUAUGGUUAAUAGUGCUUUUUGUAGGCAGACUGAAAGAUAAUUGUAUACCUUUUCCAUCGUUUACCUUCUAUCAUGUGUCCUAGCAAUCGGUGUUUCAUUCUCUUUCAACAACAGAGCAAAGCCAUCUGGGUAUCACAUCUGUAAACAAUGCUUGCUGCUGCUUAACUGAAAUUAGUAUGUAAUGUUCAUUUCAUUAGUACUUGCCAACCUGGAAAAACAGUGUAUGGGAAUCGUGGUAAUAUUGCAUGUUAUAUAAUGAGAAAUGCAAUUGUUGCACAAAUGAGUCCUGUGUGUCUAUCUGGUACAAUUAUUUUUGUUACAUGGAUGAUGUUUUUCUGCUGUUAUCUGUGAGUGACAUACAAUGAAAGUCUAACAAAGUGCAUUUUCCCAUAUUUAUUAAUAUGUCAUAACUGGUGAUCCCAGCAAUAAAUCCUGGCAAGAAAAAGAAA